GACAGAAUGCCUUCAAAGAAGCCUCUUGAUGUUGAAAGUGAACAUCCUGCUAAUGGGUUGUUAGAUUCAUGCGUUAAGGCUCAAGUGAGUGAAAAUCACGUUGGACAGCUACUAAAAUUGCCAGCAUAUUUGCCAUGCGAGGUUUCUCCAUAUGAUUCGAUGUUGGAAAGCACUAGGUCGAAUUGGAAGUUUUCAUAUGUAUUUAACUGGAUACUUAUGUUUAAAUCGUAUCUCAAGAUUUCACCGAACGUUAAUUUUAAUAUAUCUAUAUUUGAAGAGGAAUUGGUCGGGGCGAUAUCGCCACCAAGAUUUUUUGAUGAGUUUAAAUGUGGAUUAAUUAGAAGACUACCACUUUUGAAGUUUGUCUCAAGAAUAUCCAGUGCAGUCGAAUUCGAUUAUUAUGUGUAUAUGUAUCUAUACAAUAGCAAUGACGAAGAGAUUUCAGAUUUGUUAGUUGGAAGAAGUGAUAAAGAUAGAGAUAGAGAUAGUGAUGAUGAAAAUGAUAGAGAUGAUGAGAAUGAAAAUGAGAAUGAGAAUGAGAAUGAGAAUGAGAAUGAGAAUGAGAAUGAGGGCGAAGGGCCUGAAUGUGAAGAGGAUAAGAGUAAGGUUAAUAAAACAUUGGAUGUUGAUGAACAAGAGAAAAUUGAUAAGAAUUAUUUGAAUAUAUUAUUUAAAAAAUACAAUGUGAAAAUUAAAUCGAGAAAUUUCAAAGAGGUUGGUGAAAAAAGUAAUAGAAUUGAGAAUGAAAAGAGUGUAGUGAAUGGAGUAAAUGGAGUAAGUGGAGUAAAUGGGGUGAAGGAAGAAGAUAAGGAUAAAAUAACAAAUGAGAAUUUUUUCAAGUUUUUAAAUUUGGAAGAGAAAAUCAAUAUAUACUAUUUAUUGAUUGAAAAAGUGGGAUCAUAUGAAUCAUUCAAGAGAUUUGUUGAUGAGAUAAGCGAGAAUAGUAAUGAGAACAAUGAAGAAUUUAAUAGUAACAAUGAGAAUAGCAGUGAAAAUUGUGAUUUUUUACAUCAAUGCCAGUUUCCUAUAUAUUCCAAGAUAAUUCAUAAGAGUAUAACGUCUAUAAGUGAGGAGUCGUAUUUUUUUUUGAAUGAGAACCGGUUGUAUAAGAAGACAAUAGUUUAUAAGAGAAAUCAGAAAAAACAAAAGAAGAUGAAUAAUUUCAAAUGGGAAUGUUUAACGGUUACAAUUUAUGAUUUUGUUAGAUUUAUUGAGGAAAGGUUGUCAAAGUAUACGAGGAAAAAUAAAGAGGUGACAUAUUUUUAUAAGAAGUUGUUGAUUGAUAGGAUUUUUCCAAAGUUACUUUUAAAAGAUGUAGAUAAUAAGAAAAAGUAUUAUUUGAGAUUGAAGGAGAAGAAAAUACAAAAUUUGAUUGUACAUAGAAAAAGAUCGACUAGAUUACAAGAAAAAGAGGCGAGGUUAAGAGAGCAAAAUGAGAAAGAAGAAAAGAUACAAAUGGAGGAAAACUUUGAAAAUUCAUCGACACGAUAUUACAAAAGAUUGAAAUUAAGAGGAAUGAGCGAGGUAAGUGAGAUGAGUGAGAUGAGCGAUAGGGAUAAUAGUAAUCGUGUUUGACCGAGGAAAAAUAAAAACAGGUAAGGUAUUGUUUAUAGAGAUAAAAAGCAUAAAGACAUUUUGAUAGUUUCCCAUAAUUUUCCAUAGUUUUCAAUAAUUUUCCACAAUUUUCUAUAAUUUUCCAUAGUUUUUCAUAGUUUUUCAUAGUUUUUCAU